UGCACUCUUCGGGUUUACGGUUUUUUUUUAUGACGCUAUCAUUUAAAGCUCUGUUUUAGUUCUAAUUAUAUAUGAUGUUUAAUAUUAAUGAUAUGUUGAACAUGUACCAGUAAAGUCCGUCUACGUGAACGCCUUUUUUUAAAGACACAGAUACGUAUUUGUAGAGCAAAUAGUAUGCUCCUGUUUUACAGGAAGUAGCAGCCGAAGUUUUCCAAAGGGCGAUUUUAAACAACGUUGUUGACAUGAGUGGCCCCGAAACCCAUUUUGAUCCAAAAGGUGUCUUCGAUGGUUUGGACACAUCCAGAGGAGAAAUAAGCACCAGCACCUGAGGUAUAACCCUCUGAGAGACACUUGGGUCCUGGUCUCAGCCCACCGUAUGAAGAGACCCUGGGCCGGUCAAGUGGAAAAACCUCCAGAGGAAUGUAUACCAAGAUAUGAUCCUUACAAUCCACUGUGUCCUGGAAACACACGAGCUAAUGGAGAGACAAAUCCAGAAUACAAGAGCACUUUUAUUUUUGAAAAUGACUUCCCUGCCAUGCAGUCAGAUGCUCCAGAUCCUGUGUCAGGUCAUCCAUUGUUCCAAUCUAAAGCUGCCAGAGGGGUGUGUAAGGUCAUGUGUUUCCAUCCCUGGUCUGACAUCAGCCUCCCGCUGAUGAAAAAAGGAGAAGUUGUCAGUGUGAUUGACAAAUGGGCGGAACUCAUGGAAGAACUGGGUGCCACCUACCCAUGGGUUCAGAUCUUUGAAAAUAAAGGAGCUAUGAUGGGUUGUUCCAAUCCGCAUCCGCAUUGUCAGGUGUGGGCCAGCAGCUUCCUCCCAAAUGAGCCAGCUCUGUCUGAUCGCUGUCAGAGAGCGUUCUAUGAAAAACACAAAGAGCCGCUGCUGCUGCAAUAUGCCAAGCAAGAAGUUGAGAGAAAGGAACGGGUGGUGGUGAUGAACCCUCAUUGGUUGGCAGUGGUUCCUUACUGGGCGACGUGGCCCUACCAGUUGCUGCUGUUACCACGACGACAUGUCCUCAGAAUCAAUGAGUUGACCACAGAGGAGAGGGAGCGUCUGGCUGACAUUAUGAAACAACUGCUAACCAAAUAUGACAAUCUAUUUAAUGUGUCCUUUCCCUACUCCAUGGGUUGGCAUGGAGCCCCUACUGGUCCCUACUUAAAGGAUGACAACUCCCAUUGGCAGCUGCACGCUCACUACUACCCCCCUCUGCUGCGCUCAGCCACAGUUAAGAAGUUCAUGGUCGGCUAUGAAAUACUUGCUCAGGAGCAGAGAGACCUCACUCCUGAACAGGCGGCAGAGAGGUUACGGAAUCUACCAGAUGAGCACUAUAAAAGCAGACAUGGAGAAGAAAAAUUUCAAUGCAAUGUAUUGAUCAAAUAAAUGGAGAAGAUGGAAAUAUUA